UUAAAUUAACCUCAGGGAUGUUUUUAAGGGACUUUCAGGACAGAUGAGACCAUCCAUCCUCUUGACAGCUGAUCAGCCAGUCUGGCCACCAAAUAAAUUAAUAGACGGAUUGGUCACAUGUGGGCAGGCCUCCUGGUGCCUUCACCCCCAUGGGCAAUAUCCCAGGAAGGCUGUUAAGGGAAGAUGGUGAAGAUGGGAAACUGCAUCCAUGUUAUGAUGCCCACGUUUACAAACAAGCCCUCCCCACAUGACAACCGCGUACACGGAGAUGAAGUGGAAAACAGCAGGUUUGACGAUACUUCACCUUUCUCAUUCCUCAGACUCCAACCCACUUUGAUUCUGAAAGAUUUGACUGUUGUUUCCGGUCAGUCAGCUUGCCGAAGCAGUCAGAUUUCCGUCAUACUACUCAGAAUAAAAAUGGCAUCAGGAGAUGAGCUUCCAUCCCAUCUCGCUGUCGAUACCUCCAACGUUCAAAUUCUUCACUCUGAGACCUCAAAAAGACUUGUCGAAAAUUUUGUAAUCGCUCUCAUGAACAAGGAGCGUUUCUACAUCCGCACAUUCUUUUCGACAUACAAAGCAUAUACCACUGCUGAAAGUGUGUUGUACAUCCUCCUGGACAACAGCGGAAACAGUGAUAACAUUCCGAGCUGUGAGGAGCUUGCAAAUCCAGUGCCUGCAGAGACAGUUACAGAGAUCAGAAAUGUUGUAAAAAGAAAUUUUAGAUGGAAGCUUGUGGUUCAUGCUGCAGGCCUUCUGCUGGAUCUGAAACCUGGAGGCCUUGGCCGAUUCCAACGGUCCAAAACCUUUGACAGCCCAAACUCUGAGAAAGAUGAAGAACCAAGUUCACCAAAAGCGACUGCAGAAAUCUCAAAUUUUGGAAAUGUUGACAGUGCAAAUGGUGAGGAAAAUGGAAGUUGUGGUUCUUCAGGAUCCAGCGAAAUAAUUGCUAAGUCCAAAACCUUUGACAGCCCAAACUCUGAUAAAGUUGAAGAACCAAGUUCACCGAAAGCGACUGCAGAAAUUUCAAAUUCUGGAAAUGUUGACAGUGCAAAUGGUGAGGAAAAUGGAAGUUGUGGUUCUUCAGGAUCCAGCGAAAUAAUUGCUAAAAAAGAGGAAGGAACAAUCCAGAAUAAUUUUGAUUUGGAGGAGGUCCAACUUCAAAAGGAGCAAGAAGGCGUUUGCAGCAAUUGCAGCUGUGAAAGCGUCGAGUCUGAACACGGUCCGAAUUCUGAUGAAAUUCAGAAUUUAAGUUCACCAGAAAAGGGAGCGACAGUCAAGAAUGCUGUACCUGAAAUUCUUGAAAUCUGGCUGGAGGAGUCUGCCGAAGACUUUUGUCAAGUUCCAACUUACUCUUGUCUCCGGAAGGUACUUUGCUACUUGAACCAGACAGUGUCGGGGUCAGAUGCUGAACAUUGGGCCCAGAAACUCCUGAGUCGGUUUUUGGUGGAGGAAACAGCGGAGAAAGAGAUGUUCAAAGGCUACCGUAGAAGAGUUAGAUUCUAUAUUGGAGAAGAACACGACCAAACCAUCGAACAAGUUGACGAAAAGCUCCUGUCCUCCCCAUCACGCUUCAUUGCAGAGCAGCUGACUUUUAUGGAUGCUGAUCUUUUUCGGAAACUUGUGCCCAGCCAAUGUUUAGGGUCCAUCUGGUCUCAACGAGGGAAGGAAGAAAAACAGCAUCUGGUAUCAACCGUCCACGCCACCAUUAUACAAUUCAAUAAUGUUACAAAAUGUGUCACCAGCACCAUAUUAAGACCUCAACAGCUGAAACCACGGCAGACGGCUAAAAUCAUUGAGAAAUGGAUUGAUGUUGCCCAGGAAUGUCGGAUCUUGCAGAAUUUCUCGUCAGUGCAUGCUAUUACCACUGCAUUGCAAUCAAAUAGUGUGUUCAAUUUGAAGAAGACUUGGGCAGCUGUGUCAAAGAGCAGUAAGAUAACAUUUGAAGACCUUUCAAACAAUGAAGAAGAUAACUUUAUAGCAAGUAGAGAGCUGCUAAUGGAGGAUAUCGUUCAGGGAAUUGUGCCGUACCUGGGAACUUGCUUAACAGAAUUUUCAGCGCUGGAUUCGGCUUUCCCGAAUUACCAUUCAAAUGGCUUGAUCAACUUUGACAAGAGACAAAAAGAAUAUGAAAUAAUUUUGGGUAUCAAAUCCCUGCAGUUUGCUUGCUCAUCUUACACCCUUCGUCCAAACGAGAAUUUUCUAGACUUGUUCUUUAUGCAACAAUACUUAAGUGAGGAUAGCGAGUACGUAACUGGUAUUGUAGGAGUGUGCAGCUCCUCUGAACUCGAGAAACCGCCAAAGCCCAAAAAGAGUGUGUUUAAACGCCUCAGCUGCCUGUUUUCAAGGAGUGAUGUUAAAGUACACAACACUCAAACUAAAAGCUCUGAGCAGCGAGCAACCUUUCAGAAUGAGGAUUCAGACGACAGCAUUACCGCAGCCAGCAUUUUAUCCGAUUCCAGCCACUUGGAAAUGGAAGAGCCGAGCACUUCGCAAAAAGCGUCAGAAAAGUCAUUAAAAUCCGUGGAUACUGCCUCCUCUGGAGGUUCAUCCAACAGUGGUGCACCAGCAAAACCAAAUUACGACAUAGCCAAGUCUCGUAGGCGUGCGGGUUUGGGCAGCUGCUGGUGUGCAUCACGUCAGAGGGACAACCGCCAGAAUGAGAAAAGCUGCCUCAUCCGAGUCCAAUUAGAGGAGGACAGAGCACAAGAAUUCAAAACGAUUUUGGUGACUAAUCAAGAUCGGGUUUCCGAAAUCUUCCACAAAGCCAUGACCAUGCUCAAAUUUGAACCCGAGCGUCCUCAGGACUUUGAUCUCGCACAGAUUAUUGAAUCAAAUAAAGUGCUCAUACUUCCGGCCGAUGCCAUCCUGUAUUACGCAAUGAACAAGGAAGUGAAUCACGACUUCAUCCUGAGAUUCACCGAAAGAAGAUCUUCAUGUCUAUGCAAGUUUUAGCUGCAAUGUUCGAACCUCCUUCCCGAUGUGAAUAAGUGAGCUCUGGUGAGGAAGGACUUUAGAGAGCUCACUGCCCUGAUUUUUGAGAGGUUGUAUGUAUUUUAUUUCCUUCUCCUCCUGUAAAUCGCUUGGUGCUCGAUAUAGGAUUCACUAAUUUGACAUUUACACAUAACUACUUUAAAACUAAAAUGGUUCAACAUCGAGGCUUUGCCAACAAUACCAGCCACAGAUAAAAGAGGAAAUCAUCUGAGUUCUUUGUCUAAGUUUCAUUUCUAAAAAUAGU